GGCACAGAGUUGCAGGGAUCAUCAUGGAACAGGCGGCCCCUGGGGCAUCUGCUAGCCGCCGCGGUAGAGAUACGCUAGUCCCGAGUGGUUUUGAGUGCGUGGCACAUCCAGUCUUCUUCCGCAACGAUGUGUCUGAUGGGUCGUCUGAUUACGCCGCUCCCCCAACGUCAAAUACGGCUGCUAGAUCGGCUAUGAAUUCGACCACAACGAUUGACCCAACCGCGGCGGCCGCUUGGGAUGUAGAAGCUCUUGAGGGCGGAGAUGACUCAGGCAGGGACACAGAUGCUCCGGGCAAUGCAAGCAUCAUCAGUGGGCGUGGUGGAAGGGAGGUGCACUCUGUGUGUCCCAUAUGCCUUGGCAGGUUCGAAGAGCCGGUGACCCUCACCUCCUGCCUCCAUACCUUCUGCCAUACAUGCAUUUUGGGCUGGUACGAGCACACCGUUGCUGUUGCGCUCUCCCGGGGCAAUUUGUCCGCGUUCCACCCCGAACGAGGGAACAGCAACACCUGGAGAGGCGGCAGCAGCAACGAUAUCAGCGGCAGCAGCGGGACGAGUACAGGCAACAGGGAUGGUGGUCGCAAGAGACCGGCGCCGGUGCCGUACAGGUGCCCUCUCUGCCAGGUUCCGGGACCGUUCUUUCUCGCCGUCGAGCGACCGCGCUCCUCCUCCUUUAAGGGCAAGAGGGAGGCCAACCCCAAGAGCAGCAAACCGUCGAAGCUCAAGUUCAGGCUCCUCGGAGCGCCAACAGUGUUCGGGGGCGGCGGGCCGGUGAGCAGAGGGGUGGCGGUGGACGAGCACGCCGGCGGCGGUCGCGGGAAGGGGGGCGAUGGCGGGACGGCUGGCUAUCCCAGUCCCAGCAUGGCUGACCUCAGGGCCGCCGUACAAACACAGCUUGCCCUUGCUGCUGCUGCUGCUGCUGCUGCUGCUUCCGCUGCUGCUGCCGCCGAUCGACAGGCUGGGCCGCGGCCGGACGCCGAAGGAGGUUCAGAACCUUCAUGCACGGGAACGAAUGGAAUGGGGGUUCCCGGUGGGGAAGGCAUGGCACCGGAGACGGUCCCAGGCAUGGGGAUGACGCGGGGUGCGGCUGAUGGUGAUCGGAACUCAUGCGGAACGCUUGUCGGUAGCGGUAGCAGCAGCAGCAGCAGCAGCAGGCACAACAACAACGGGCAGAGCGACAGGAGCGGGGACCGUGUGGAUAGCUCUGGUGGCGCUGAUGUUGGGGAGCCCUUGUUUGCUGCGGCAGAACCCGGUUGCGAAGAAGGCGGAUCGCCGAUGGUUCCAUCGGAAGGAGGAGAGAGACCGUCACCCGUGCCCCGAAAUCGAGGUCGAGAUAGCGAUUGGUGUCGGAGUCGAGGCCGCGGUAGCAAGGAGCGGGACCGGAGGACGGAGCAGCAGGGUGACCACGGAUGCUCGGGUUUCCGAAACGCAUCUUCCUCGGAGGUACGAGGAGAACCAUGGCACGCCUCCUCCGGCAAUCCUCCCCAUAGCUGUAGCGGCGACGAGGAGCGAAAAAAGCGCAAACGGGCGCGGAAGGAGAAAGAAAAGAAACGAAGAGGUGCCAUAGCCAGCUGCCGUCAAAGUAAUAGUAAACCUUCUUUGCAUAGCGGCGGAGCCGGCUUGAGUAGAGGGGGGGCGUCUUGUGGGCUUCCAUGGGAUCCGGGAUCGAUGGCUGCCGAGGACGGGCUGCAAGCUAUCGAGAUCCUGCUAGAGAAGGAAAAGGAGAGUCUGCGAAAAAAGAUGGCGGGAGGAGAUUGUCCCCCGUUGUGACGAGGAGGCUGGGGACUGAACGAACUUGCGUCAUGCCCUGUACAGACUGAGCUUAUUUGGCAAGGUUCCACAAUGUGCUCAUGGAAGGCGUUGGGAAAAGACGGGGCGGGGUGAUAAAGUAGGCAUCCUGUCAAGAGUAGCGGCAGAGUACGAAGAGCAACGCGGUGAUGCUCUUGGCGUGGCGGGUUUGCUUGUGCUUGUGCUCCCGGUAGUAGCGCACGGCGAAUCGGGGUUACAACGAAUGCUACGAUUGGGGGGGGGGGGGGGGGGGCACCACAGAUUUCCUCCGUGAGCGCAUUCGGCUAGACACUACACACUUCGAGUUUUCCUUUCUUUUGCCGCCUGUCGCGCCAAGCUUUUGCGUUUUGGAUGCGUCAGAAUUUCCUGGGCGCGCUACGUUCUCCCCCCGUAAAUCAUUGAUCGGCAGCGCAGCUUGCCUCACCCAGGUAUACAUCAUCUUGAUGACUUCCGUU